AUGCCGUUGGCCGCGCUUCCCUACCACGAACCUGGAACUGUUACCAUACUGAUCCAGGCAUCAUUUCUGCUCACCCUCAAUGGCAUCAACUGGGUUCUCGAUAAUGCCAUCUAUUGUGGCCUUGUGGGUCAGAUCCUGAUUGGAGUGGCAUGGGGCACACCAGGUGCGGACUGGUUGUCCCAGGAGGUACAAGAUACAGUGAUGCAACUAGGGUAUCUUGGGUUGAUACUUAUAGUCUAUGAAGGUGGCUUGUCGACAUCUUUCGCAUCUUUGCGGUCUAAUAUCCAUCUCUCCGGACUAGUGGCUCUUAUAGGUAUCACGUUGCCUAUUGGUAUGUCAUUUGUCCUGAUGGGACUGCUGGGAGCUACAACCGUCCAGGCUUUCGCUGCUGGAGCUGCACUGUGUUCCACUUCACUGGGAACGACAUUUACCAUUCUUAGCACUAGCGGUCUGGAUAAGAGCAGACUGGGUGUUAUUCUGUCUAGUGCUGCAAUGCUGGAUGAUGUGGCGGGACUUGUCAUGGUCCAAGUCAUAUCGAACCUUGGACGAUCUUCCGACUCUUUUUCGGCUGUGACAGUGAUUAGGCCUGUAUUUGUGUCCAUCGCAUUUGCAGUUGUUGUGCCUGCUAUUUGCUGGGCGAUUGUGAAACCGAUCACACAGCAUCUGUUCUCAAGAACCGAAAGCAAUGAGUCCAAGGACAAGGAGCACUCAAGACUUUCUAAGUGGGCUUGUACUCCAGUCGCAGCUUUUGCAGGUCACACCUUGGUUCUGUUGGGUCUUAUCACUGGAUCGAGCUAUGCUGGCACAUCAAACCUGUUGGCAGCUUACAUCGCUGGAGCCGUCAUCAACUGGUGGGAUGCUCUUGUCAGCACGACACUACAAGAACAACACUCAAGUUCUACGACAGCAAAGAAGGGGCGCAAAGAGAAGAUGCUUUCUCCUUCGACCGAAAGUCAAGUCAUAUCCUCGGGACUUUCAUCCUCUGGUUUUUCGACUCCUACGAAUAGGGAGACGGUCACCGGACGACCAAUCUCACAGACGCAUGAAAAACUGAAAGGCUCAGCGAUAUAUGAACACAUCUACGCACCAGCUGUAAACUCUAUACUCAAGCCGUUCUUCUUCGCGUCAAUUGGCUUCUCCAUUCCCAUCACUCAAAUGUUCCGGGGCGCUAUAGUGUGGCGAGGUAUCGUCUAUACCAUCCUCAUGAUGCUGGGAAAGUUAGCUUGCGGUCUUGUGCUCGUUCGUUCCACAGGCACGCCAGACAAAGUCCAAUUGCCCGAAGGUCGGCGAGCCACCGAGACGAGUGCAUCCACUGAAGCACCAAUUGGAUCCAGAAGCGAACAGCAGCAGAUGCAUUCAGCCAAUUCCAAACGGAAGAGACAAGCACCCCGCAAGCUGCCUAAACCACAAUCACUAUACCCAUCUCUAAUGCUAGGAAGUGCCAUGGUAGCACGAGGCGAAAUCGGGUUCCUGACCUCUUCAUUGGCAGAAAGUAAUGGCGUGUUUGGUAGUGCAGAAGGAGGUGGCAAUUCAGAUAUUUACCUUGUAGCUACCUGGGCAAUUCUGCUCUGCACAAUCAUUGGGCCUGUUAGUAUCGGCGCAAUGACAAACAGAGUCAGGAGACUUCAAAAGGUUAGAGGGAUGAACACAACAAAACCUGAUCCGCUCGGCGGGUGGGGAGUUGAGUGUUAG